AUGGCGAAGAUCCGGGUGUCGUAUGAGUACUCCGAAGCCGAGGACAAGAGUAUCCGGCUGGGUUUGUUCCUGAUCGCCUGUGGCAUCCUCAGCCUCUUCAUCCUGGGCUUCUGCUGGCUCAGUCCGACCCUGCAGAGCCUGCAGAGCAAGCCGGCCAACUGCACGGUGGUGUCGGUGCUGCACCCUGAGGAGAUGUUUGAGUGUGUGUUUACGUGCGGUGCGGACUGUAAGGGCACGUCGCUCUACCCCUGCCUGCAGAUCUUCGUCAACAACUCGGAGUCUAACUCUGUGGCUCUGCUGCACAUCGACGAGCAGCAGCUGGUCCUCAACCCAAAGUGCUCGUUCGUCCCUCCCUGUGAGAGAGACAACCAGAAGAACAGAGACAGCGUCCUGAAGUGGGAGGAUUACUUCACCAAAGAGGUCAGCAGCCAAUCCUUCACCUGCUUCUUCAACCAGCAGAGGAGGCCCGACGAUGUGCUGUGGCGCCGUUCCCAUGACACCAGCGUCCUCCUCCACUGCGUCCUCUGGCCGAUGGUGUCGCUCCUCCUGGGCACGCUCAUCGUGCUGCUGACGGUGUGCGCUCGCUCCCUGGCCGUGCGAGCCGAAGCUCUGCAGAAGAGGAAAUGCUCCUACGAGGUGUGCCAAGACAUGGGGGCUUCGGAUCGCCGCGGCAACAAGGCCACCACCGACCCCCUGGCGACGAACUCUGACCCCGAGCUGUCGUCGCCCACGAGGACCCUGCCACUGUUUGCGGUGCCGGUGCGACGCCGCGAUCGGGAACAUUAA